UUGCAAAAAGCAGCGCUUAUGCCACAAAAAAACACAUUUUUCUUCCUUUUUUUUAAUUGGGCAAAAACAUUUUCCUCUUGGCAAAAACAUUUUCCCUCUUUCUAAACAACUUUAGCAUUGACUCCAAAAACCCCCCAAAUCGACUCUCUCUCUCAUUUUUUUCCCAAAUUCCCAAAUCAUUGACAACUUUAGCAUUGACUCUGGUUGGCCGGCCAUUGUUACUCGGGUCGGCCAUUGUGGCGUUCGUUUGGUGUUAGUGGUGCAGUUUGGAGGUACUAUUGUCAAACUUUAAAAAGAGAAGUUUUUGGCAGAUCUAGCUAAUCCAGGUGAUGAAGUUCUUGUUGCAAGGAAAGGACAAGGAAGAGUGAGCAAUUCUUAUGAAGUUCUUGUUGCAAGGAAAGGAAAAUGAGGAAUUAGCUUGUUGGAAGUUCCGAAGCACAGAAGGAAACAAUUGACAACUUUAACAACAAAUAUAGUGAGAGAUGACACUGAUAAGAAAUGUUAGGUGGAAUAAGCUGCAAGAUGUCAUUCCACCUGAAAUAGGUGAACUAAAGCAGUUAGCACAUCUCUACCUAAGUUUUAAUAAUUUUAAAGGGGAAAUACCUAAGGAGCUUGCUAAUCUUCCUGAACUUCGUUAUCUCCAUCUACAUGAAAAUCAUUUUACUGGACGUAUUCCACUUGAACUGGGUACCUUACAGCAUCUUCGACACCUGGAUGUUGGUAACAAUCGUUUGGUUGGAACUAUAAGAGAACUCAUACGUAUUGAAGGAUACUUUCCGCUUCUCUGCAACCUAUACUUGAAUAAUAAUUAUCUUACUGGAGGUGUUCCAGCACAACUUGCAAAUUUGACGAACUUGGAAAUCUUAUAUCUAUCCUACAAUAGGAUGACAGGAGUUAUUCCAUAUAACAUUGCUCUUAUUCCAAAGUUAACUUAUUCUCAAGUGAUGCGGCUAGUGGACCCAUUUCGCCCAUGGAUGCAAGGAGAUCACGUGAUGAUAAUGAUCCUAAUGACAUUCUUUGAUUUCGUUGCAUUUGUCUUGGAUAUUCAAUUAUGAUGAUGUAAUUGUGUGGUUGGAGUGAAUCUUAGAAUAUUGAAGGUUUUGUGUUAAAAUUUGAUUUUGGAGUUUGAAGAUA